AUGGCUUCUUCAUCAUAUUAUGGUUCCCUUUUCCUUUUAUUAUUAUCUUUGUUUUUAUGGUUCAGCACAAAUGUAUUGGGUGGAAAUUUCAACACCCUUUUUGAUAAUCUUUUUGGAGAAGAAAGGGUUGAUAUAAAGGAGGAUGGUAAUAGCAUGACCCUUACUUUGGAUGAAUAUUGUGGCUCAGGCAUUGUGUCCAAGAAUGAGUAUUUGUUCGGACGAUUUGACAUGAAAAUCAAACUUGUUCCGGGAAAUUCUGCUGGAACCGUCACGGCCUAUUAUCUAAGCUCUGUAGGAGCACAACAUGAUGAGAUUGAUAUAGAAUUCUUGGGAAAUUUGACUGGUGAACCUUAUCUUCUCUCAACAAAUGUAUAUGCUGAGGGUAUUGGGGGUCGUGAAAUGCAAUUCUAUCUUUGGUUUGAUCCAACUGAGGACUACCACAUGUAUUCUAUUGAUUGGAACCCUGAACGCAUUAUAAUCCUGGUGGAUAACAAUCCCAUUAGAGUGAUGCUCAAUAGGCAAAGAAUUGGUGUUCCAUUCCCUACAAAAAGACCAAUGAGGGUUUACACAACUCUUUGGAAUGGAGAUUCUUGGGCAACAAGAUGGGGUGAAGUGAAGAUUGAUCUCACAAAUGCUCCAUUCGUGGCUGGUUUCAAGAACUUCAAUGCAAUUGCUUGCAUUGCAAAUCAAGGUCAAACUGCUAAUUGCAGGAAUUACAAUGGUGGAAAAUAUAAAGGCCUUGAUAGAGAAAGCAAGAGAAAAAUGAAACAAGUUCUUUCUAAAUGGGUAGUUUAUGAUUAUUGUGCUGAUUUAAGACGUUAUGCUCAUGGUCUUCCAUAUGAAUGCCGCAAGGAGAAUAGAAUACAACUUGAUUAG